CACCCCUUUCCUCAUUCCCCCUUUUCGUCACUUGAGUCCUCACUCCUCGCUAACUUCCUUUUCAUGAUCUCUUCUUCCUCCUUUUUCGAUUUCUGAUUUCUUUUCUCAUUUAUCAUAUAACAAAUCAUGAUAAUUAGAGCUGCUGCUUCUGGUCUCUUUGUCCCGACCACACAAGGGGAGAGUCUUGUUCCCCUUUUCUCCUCGUCCGCUUCUUUGUCUUCUCCCUCCCGGAGAAACGCGGGCAAUGGAUUUAUUGUCUGUGCAUCAAAAGAGUCUCAAUCACUCACGGGCGUUGUGUUUCAGCCAUUUGAAGAAGUGAAGAAAGAACUUGCCCUCGUCCCCUCUGCUCUCCAAGAGUCGCUGGCUCGUCAGAAGUACACCGAUGAGUGUGAAGCUGCCAUCAACGAGCAGAUCAAUGUGGAAUACAAUGUCUCUUACGCGUAUCAUGCUAUGUUCGCCUACUUUGAUAGGGAUAAUGUUGCUCUCAAAGGCCUGGCCAAUUUUUUCAAAGAGUCGAGCAAAGAAGAAAGGGAGCAUGCAGAGAAGCUGAUGGAGUAUCAGAACAAGCGAGGAGGAAAAGUGAAACUACAGUCCAUACUAAUGCCAUUAUCUGAAUUUGAUCACCCUGAGAAGGGGGAUGCACUGUAUGCAAUGGAGCUUACAUUGGCUUUGGAGAAGUUAACAAAUGAGAAGCUUCUGAAGUUACACAGUGUGGCAGAUAAAAACAAAGAUGUGCAAUUGGCUGAUUUCAUUGAGAGCGAGUUUUUGACUGAGCAGGUGGAAGCGAUCAAGAAGAUCUCGGAAUAUGUUGCACAACUGAGAAGAGUUGGCAAGGGACAUGGAACAUGGCACUUUGAUCAGAUGCUCCUUCAUGAUGGGGCUGUUGCAUAAUGAAGAAUGGCUUUCUUGGUUUAGAAUUUUAGGACUACAUAUUGAGGUGUCUGUGGGUAUUAGAUCCUUGUUCUGUGGAGUGGAUGGAAAACUAGUAUUAAUGUGCAGAUGGAUUUUAAUUAGGUGAACACCACAAUCGUUGAUGAGAAAAACUGUCUUAGGAAACUAGUUUGUAUGAAGCUUUGUUCCAUUAGACCUUUGUCGUUUCCGUGAGCCAGAGUCAUAAUGGGAGUGGCCGAGUGGGUCAUAGUGCCACAAAAAAUGAUAUUAGGUUAGGUCCUUAUCUGCCACAAAAAAUGAUAUUAGGUUGAGUCUUCUCAUCUAUGUAUUUAAGCGCCAAGAUGUAUUGAACGAAGAAUUUAAUGCUUUUUCUUGAAAUAUUGUUCUCAGAA